AUGUCUCCUGAUGAUUUUGAGCGUCUGCUAGCCAACGAUCCCUACAACCAGCGGCGCAUUUUUGUUCUGCGAUGUGUGCAUGACGCAAUCUACUUCCUUCGCCAUGGACCGCAUCGUCGUCAGGAUGUGAUUUCCUCGUUGCAGGAGGAGGUUCUUGGUGAAAUUAGCCUCGGUAUCUCAAGCGCGGUCAUGGAACAUGAUUCCCAGUUUGAGCGGUUGUGCCGUAACCUUGAGCUUGUCGUACCGGUUUCACUCAGGACUCUCAGAAAGUAUAACGACCGGGAGAGCGACGAAGAUGUUGCCGAUGAUCUCAUCAAUUGUAUCCCCACCGCUCUGCAACAACCCGAUCGAUGGGCCCCGGAGGUCGAAGAGUUUUCUGAUGGGGAACAGUCUGAGAAGCAGAGUAGAUAUAGCCACCGUCACAGAUAG